AUGAUUGGUAUAAAACUCAAAUGGCUUAUUCUGUGCUUUUGUAUUCUUUUCUUCAUUAUCAUCCUGCCUUUGGUCCUUCUUACACUCUACUUCAAGUCAAAACACAUAGAUAAUGCAUUUGUAGAUGCGAUCAAAAAAGCCCCGGCCACUGAACCAGUGUUAAAUCACAUUCUUGUCAAGGACUCGAAGUUGUACAUCCUAGAGACGGUAGAAGCAGGUAAAAUGGAUGAAAUAGAUUUAGGCGAUGUUUCAGAGGAUUGCAUACUGGAUUAUGAUCAUUUAAAGCUUGAGAAAGCGCGUGAAAGCUUCUUGACCAGCAUUCUUGGCGAGUUUGGAUUGAAAAUUUUCUACAGAAAAAGCUUGGUGAUCAAAUUCAUACGGCUGGUGAAUUACAUGCGCUUUGCCAAGUUUGAGAAGAAUGGUGCCGUGUUGAUAUCAGUGAAAGAUAAUAAGCUGGAAGUGACAGCAAAAGCGGAUGAUAAGAGCGAAAAACACGAAAUACAGUUCAGAAAAUCGGAUGAGCCACUGUUAAUAUGUAAGUAUAUUACGAGUGUUUUUAAAUAA